GUCCCCGUCGGCCCCUCAGACAACAUGAGCCGCGAGCGUCAGCGGGAGCCAGAGAAUCGGAUAUGACCGAGUGAAGCGAAAAGGAUUUGGAAAAGUGAUCAUUCAGGAGCUGAAACUAAAGACUGAACGGACUGAAAAAGGCGAAGGAUACUGCUCUUUUUAUUGGAUUGUUCCGUUCCUUUGGAUUUCUCUUCUUCCUUCCUCCUGAGCUCAGAGCAAAGAGGAGGACGACGAAACCACAAGCGAGGAUGAAGUACAACUAUCACACACCCGUGUCCACGUACACCGGCAGGUCACAGUACACGCCGACGUACAUCACGCCGAGCCACUACACGCCGUCACACUACACGCCAGCAUCAGCGUACACGAGCACGUACGCCUCGGCCUCGAAGUACAAACCGACGCAGUACAGCACCACCUCCUACACCCCGUCCCACUACACGCCGUCCUACAAAGCUGCGUCCACGUACGUCCCGUCCUACAGCAAAGCUUCCCGGGCCAGUUCCACCCGUCGCACACAGGCUCAGGAGAAACCAGCGCCCGUCAUCCCCGUCGUACCCGCAAAGAGGACGGUGCACUUCCCCAACGACAUCAUCUUCCAGGACAUCGUCCGGCGAGGAGACAUGGAGCAGAUCGGCCGCUUCAUGAGGGCGAGGAAGGUCCGCGUGGACACGCUCUUCCACUCAGGAAUGGCGGCGCUGCACGAGGCCGUGCUGACCGGGAACCUGGAGGUGGUGAAGCUGCUGGUGAAGUACGGCGCCGACGUCCACCAGAGGGACGAGGACGGAUGGACGCCGCUCCACAUGGCCUGCAGCGAUGGAUACCCGGAGAUCGCCAGUUAUCUCCUGUCGAUGGGAGCCAGCACUGAGGCAGAGAACGAGAGCGGAGAGAAGCCAGCAGACCUGAUAGACCCGGACUGUAAAGAGCUGGCACAGCUGUUUGAAACCGGCUGCGUUUAAAAAAAAAGGAAAAGAAAGAACCACUGAGAACUCAAGAAUACGAAGAAACCAAACGAACGUCAGGGCGCGGGAGAACAUUUCCAACUCAGCUCACAGGAAAGCGACAUUCUGUUUGUUAGUUUCUAAAGUGAACGGUUAUUUUGAGAUGCUCCAUUAAGUUUUUUUUUCUUUUUGUGGUUAUUUUAUUUUAUUUGACUUUGUUUUGUGUAUUUGUAUAUCGAUCACACCACCAGUGACGGUCUUUUUGUGUCGUCACUUUUUAUGGUUGCACUCUGCAAACUGUACGUUUUCCAAAAUGUGGUGAUACGUGGACUUUAUAACAUAGAUUUUGGUUAUUGUGUAGGAAGAGUUGUGUUUCCUUGCUGCUGGGCAGAAAGAGGAUCAUCCACAUUAAUAAGUAACACUUUAUUAAUAAUCAGUCCUUUUUAAAAAAGAAAAAAAAGACACCAGGUUACAUGUUGCACAAUCUCUUUGACCUGCUGCUGUGUUUCCCUAAUGUGUUAUUUCGCUGUUUUCUGUAGUAAAAAUGCAAAUGUCAGCGAAGAAAGUCUUAUAAUUUUCUGUUUGCUAAUUAUUUUUGUACAUUUUCAUAAAUAAAGAAAAAAACUUUUGUAAAGA